CCAAGCAGACACGUUGACUGCGAGCUAAGAAAUUACACAAAACACUUUUGGCUUUAAGUACAUAUUUGGCUUAUUUUUUUUUUCGUGCAAGAACUCUAUCAAAAUUUUGUGCGCAACAUUCUUGUAAAUAUACUAUACUCAGUUCAAAUCAGUGCAGUAAAUCAAGUUGAAACUAUUGUAUAAAUCGAGCUGCAGUUAUCCAGGCGACCUAGUCGCAAACAGAUCAAGUUACCAGGACAUGCCAACCAUGACACGGAUGCAUCGCCACUCCAGUUCCAGUGCCGUGGUGGAGGAGUCGCGUGGGCGGCGGCGGGGAGUGGGCGUACCAGGGGCAGGGGAGGCCAACAAGGAGAACUUCGGGGUGCACUUCAUGAGCAGUCCCUUCGGCAAUGCCAGCCUGAUUGCCCUGCAGGACCUGAGCAAUGUGCACGGGAAGAGUCCGCAGCGCAGGAGCUUCAGCGAGGGCAGUGGUCCCCGCCAGGCCACGCCCCAAUUGGCGGCUCUGCGCUGCUUGCCCCGCACCACCGGCGGCGGUGGUGGUGCAGUGGGUGGUGCGGUCGGCGGCCUCGAAGACUCACAGCUGUCGUCGUCGCGAAUGGGGGACACCACGCUGGACCGCAUGCUGGACGCCAUAAUCGAAUCGGCCAGGAAGGAAGUGAGGUGUGCGAAGCCACUGGGAACCGCUGGUGGCGCCACUGCACCAUCCACCAUUCUGGCGGAUAACGGCGAGUGGAGCGAGACCAGUGUGCACGAGAUGGAGGUGCGCACUCCCACCCACUUGAAGAGGCAGCGGGUGGUGCGGCGCAAGAACCCGCACAAGACCCACCAGGCCACCACCCAAACGCAGAGCCACCAGACCAAGAAGAUGGAGCAACUGCAGCUGGUGCCCAGCACCAAACGCUGCCUGAGCUUCUCAUCCAGCUCGGCAUCGAGUGAUUUGGAUGAGGAUGAGCAGCAGGUGGCCAAGAGGAGUUCGCUCGCCUCCUCCUCCUCCUCCUCCUCGGCCACGCCCCCCUCCCACAGCACCACCAGCAACAGUAGCAACAGCAACAGCAACAGUGGGGCUGAUUUGGAGGCAAGCCAGCGGGGCAGCAUCGAUGUCAGCAUUUCGUACGAUGCCAAGGAGCAGCAACUAAAUGUACAUGUGAUUCGCUGUCGGGACUUGCAGCGUUCCCAUGGCAGUGGCAAUGGCAGCAUAAAUGCCUACGUCAAGGUGGCUCUGUCCGGCGGACCCCACCACCAGCCACAACCCGGAUGCGGAGCACACUCGUCCGGGGGCAGCAUGAACUCCGGAUACCAACGCACCGCCGUCCAUCGGCACUCGGGUCGUCCGUACUUCGAUCAGCGGUUCAGCUUCCCGAUUUCCAGUGGCGAGGAGACCAAUGGCCAGCAUCUACAGUUGGCCGUGUGGCAUCGGGAUCGCCAUUUAAAACGCAGCGAGUUCCUGGGCUGCAGCAGUUUUCCACUGACUGAGUUAGUGCAUCCUGAGGCGGGAAUUACCGCAGGAUCCUACAAAUUGCAGGCGCAGGCAUGUCCUCCGCCUAAUCAUCGCCAGAGUCAACCCAAAGCCAACGCGGGCAAGGAUCGGAAGCAGGAAGUGGAAGAGGAACCGGAAGCGGAAGCGAACAGGGAUCAGGAUCACCAAGAGUACUUCCCCGCAGAAAUGGCAGCCGCCACCACAGUCACGCCUCAAAAACCCGUAGCCACUGGAUCCGGAUCGGGAUCGAUUUCGGCAGCUAUGCCACUAAACGACGAGGUGAUCAGCAUCAGCAUUGACAGCAUGGGCAAGGAGGAUCCCCUGCUGCCCCAGCAGCCCCAACAGCCCAUGAAGCUGAGCAAGAAGGCACUCCACCAGCGAGAUGCCGACGAGAAUCUCUUUCUGAGGUUCCUGGAACUGGAUCCCCCGGCGGAUGGGAAUGCGAACAGUACAACCCAGCCACCGACGACGGGCUCCCAAUCUUCGGCAUCGAAAGCCAACGAGAGCAAUGCCAAUCACCUGAACGGAUCCACCGGCCGAAGACAGUCCACCAUGCCCCCAAGUGGGGGAUCCAGCGGAGGUGGAGGAGGAGGAGGAGGAGCAACCCGGCAGCAGCCAGGACGAACUCCCUUCACGAUGACCAAAAGACUAACGCGAACCGAGGAGCGGGGCUUUGGAUUCUCCAUUGUGUGGACCCAUCCGCCGCGCGUGGAGAAAAUCGAGGCGGGACUCUCGGCCGAUCGGUGCGGCAUCCUGCCCGGCGACUAUGUGAUCUUUGUGGACAAACACAAUGUGGUCACGAUGCCCGAGGCUGAUGUUCUGAAUUUGAUACGAUCGCAGGGCUCGUCCUUGACGUUGGAGAUUUUCAGAAGGUCAGGCGCGGGCGCCACAACAAUCACGACGGACCUGGGCCACCAGAACAAUGCCAAUAUGAGCGCCAGCAGAUUGGGCAUGGGCGUGGGCAUGGGAGUGGGCGUGGCGGUGGGAUUGGGCAGCGAGGAGCACACGCUGGCCACCACCACCACCGCAACCACCACCGUGAUGAGUCUGCAGAGGACGCAGAGCUCGAGGAUGCAGCCGGUGGGCAAUAGCUUGAGCCGACCGGCCACCGCCUGCUCGGGCACCACUUCCUCCAUCGAGGCGGCCAAGAGGAGACUCCACCUGCCGCAGGUCACCUUCAGCAAGGAGUCGAUUGUGCCCAUUACGGACAACCGUCGGCGCUUCCUGCUGCAGUUGAUUAGCCGGGAACAAAACUUCACGGCUGCCCUGCACUUCGGAGUGGAUCGAUUUGUCCAGCCGCUGGUGGAGAGAAAGGACCUGAUCUCCCCAAACGAUCACCGCACCUUGUUCCAGAACAUCGACGAGCUGCUGAGGAUUGCGGAGGACAUCCUGGAGCAACUGUGCAGCAGUGAUCAGCAGGAUCAGGAGCCGCACAUGAACUUCGCCUCGCGCGUUUACCUUUCGAAAACUACAGCCAUUUGUGCGGCGUACAAGAAGUACUGCAAUGGAAUCAAACGGGCAGAUUGCGUUUUGGUCAACAAAUCCCGGCAGACGGGGUCAGAGUUCAUUGCUUUCAUUACGGAACCGGCAGUUCCGCGUAAGAGGCCAGAUCUCACCAUGUUCAUCCAUCGACCACUGCAACAUUUCCGCGAGAUCCUCAAGCUGAUGCAGUUGCUCGCCGGGAAUUGCCAUGUGGACACCGAGGAGCACAAGAACUUUAGCACGGUCAUCAACGAGCUGCAGGCCGCCUAUCGGGAGAUCACCGUGAGCAGUGGCCUGAUGGAGCCGCUGGGCGAAGGUCGUCCCCUGUUAACCCUCCAGGAUCUGGAGUCGCGAAUGGUCUUCACCAAAUGCAAGCCCUUCACCCUGGCCGUUCAAGGUCGCCAGUGGAUCUUCGGUGGUGACCUGUCCCGGGUCGAGGGACGCUCGGUGAAACCCUAUUGGACCCUGCUCUUCAGUGAUAUCAUAGUAUUCGCGAAGGUCAGUCGGGAUCGAGUCCUGUUCAUCACGGAGGAGCCCAUUCCCAUCGCCAAUGUGGUGGACUCUUGUUUCCACAUGCGCAAGAAAACCACCGAGUUCCGUCUGACAGUGGAUCCUAAUGGGCGUCUGGCGGAGAGUCCCACGGGUUACUGUGCCCCCGAUCUCACCCGCACUCCGAAAAGAGGAGCCCGUCGCAAGAGCCUCAUUCUGAGGGCACCCUCGUUGGAACUGAAGGCCGUCUGGCAGAAUCUGCUCCAGCGUCAGAUAUUUCUAGUAAAUGCCGCUCUGGGCUCCACGCCUUUGUCCAGUCCCUUGGACUCGCCGGACGUCCUUAACACCCUGGUGCCGCUGAGCGAUAUCGGACUGACCACCGCCUCGAUGGGAUCGAUGAAGCUGCCCUCGCUGGACAGCAUCCACCUGAAGCAGCAGCAGAAACAGCAGCGCAACAACAAUGCUCAUGCCAACGCCCACUCCGCCGGAGGAGUGGCCACCGAAAGAUCCGCAGAUCGAUCCCACGGCCACAGCCAUGGAGUCCAUGGUGGGCACGUGGAGCAGAUCGAGCUGCUGAUCGACGAGAAGUGCCGCAUCCUGAACAAGACGGGCACCCCCAAGUCGAGUGCCCUGCACCUGGCCAACUGGAUGAAGGGCCAGCUGGACAAGCAGCAGCAGCAGGCUCGACUGGCGGCCAUUGCGCGAUCGCAGGAGAAUGUGAGCGCCGAGGACGAGCAGCUGAUCUUCAACAGCGACAGCGAGCAGGACGAGCGGAUCACCUACUGGACGCGUCAGCAGCUGGAGAAGCGCACCAAGGAGCUCAAUCUGGCCAAGGAGAAUGGCGGCCUGUCGGCGAAGCCCAACUUCGGAGGCAAACGGUUGAGCGGCGUCGAGGAGCUGAGCAUGAGUGCCACCUCGGAUAUAUACUCCACGUCGGAGGCGGAGGGCGUGACCAGCGUGAUCAGUCAGUCGCACAGCACAACAUCGGACAGCCAGAUCACCGUACGCUCGAGCCCCAUUGUACUGGACAAGCUGGCCGUUUGCCGCCAUUGCCACAAGAAUUGCCAGCAAAGCGGACCGGGCGGAGCUCGUCCUGGCGGCGGAGGAGGAGUGAACAACUCCAGUUCCGCGCCCGUCCUGCUCUGCAAUUCCCUGAAGGUGCAGCACAGCCAGUCCUCGCCGAAUCGCUGUUGCAAACUGAACAAUGGCAUUGCGGGGGCCGCGGAAUUGGUUAGCCCAAGAGGGGGCAAUCGAACCGGAACCGGGACCGGAACAGGUAGCGUGACCAGCAUGUCCAGUAGCACCAUUACGGGGGAGCUGUCCUCCAAGGUGGUGGCCAGUAGCAGUCGCCGGGAAACCGGUGACACCGAAAGCGAUGUGGCCCAACUGAUAACCGACGAAAUAUCCCAAUCCCAAUCAGAGGCGACGGAUGACAGCGUCGGUGCGAUGCCCAACAGUAGUAGCAGUGCCGGCGAAGGCACGAUCCCCCCAGCCAGCAGCGGCGUCUCCAAAGUACGUCAUCUAGAUCCUCCAGUCACAGUCACAGCAUCACCCAUGCCCAAUGGUCACUGCUCCGCCGGCGGAGGUUCACCCAAGCCGCUGCCCCCACCACGUCGCACCCGCAUUGUGGCCCAAAUGUGCCAGGAGCCACUGAGGCCCAAGGCCAACCAGCAGGUCAAGGCCAUUGUGACCAUCACGGAGACGGCCAGGAUAAUGCGGAGCAGUCCAACGAAGGGAUCGGGAUCGGGAUCGGGUUCGGUUAGUGGUAGUGUUGGUGCAGGUGGUUCCCCCGCCAAAUUUGCCGCCUGCAAUUGCCGCUGCACUCCGGAGGACUUUACGCACGCCCAACUCUCGCCGGACAAGAUGGAGCACCAGACGUGCAAGCUACUGGAGUCGCCAAAGCAAACGGCCACCACACUGCAGCAGAAACAGGACGAUGAGCAGUUGUCCCUGAUGCUCAUCGGUCUGGCCCAAUUCGCCCCGGCCGCCAAACUUUGUGGACAGGAGAGGAUCGUCAAGGAGGAGAGCGGUACACCCACGAUAGCUGUGGUCCCACCCACUCCCGAUUCGGUGCUCACCAAGACCAGCACUCAUGUGUGGGACAACAGCGGUUGCUCCUCGAACGGUGGGGGAACCUCGACCACCAGCACCGCCACCACCACAACGAAGCAGCCCAGACAGGCCAUCAUUGAGAAUAUACCGGAGGAUUCGUGUGAUGAAUCCCCCUUGGACGAGGAACCACCCUAUCGACCCAUGAGCAGUGCUCUCCGGCGAUUUGGCACCAUGUCUAGCCUAGAAAAACUACCCUCCGACGAUCGAAUGGACGAGGCUGACGAGCUGGAAGAUGACUUGGAGCCCUAUACACCGAAUGGCCACGAUGCAGAUAGUCCCCAAAAUGAGGAAGAUGACGAAGAUGCUGGUUCUGAUCGAGCUUUGGUGCAGAACGUCAACGACUUGGGCGCCUCGACUUCAUCGGGGGUAAUGGUCAAUGGCGAGGUCCUGGCCAGUGGAGCGUGGACAAAUCGGGCAGGAGCCUAUGUCUCUGACAAGAUGUCCUUUUUCGAGGAGUCGCGGGCUUUCAUAGACAAAUACUUGGGUCGCUGGAAUGCCGGCGACUCGCAACAGCAGCAACAGGGAAACGCUUCGGAGACGGAUGAGCAGAUGGACGAGUGCACCUCGGGAGCCACCAGUGGUGAAGAGGUUUGGGGCACGCCCACCAGUGGCGGGGAUAACGACGAUCAGGACAUGCAGCUGAUCAAUUCGGAGAACACGCAUUCGUCGCCCACCAAGUCGAGUACCUCUUUGAAUGACGACGAUGACACCGAACUGAUGAUGGACGAGCUGUUAAUGGCGCCACCGAUGACGGCCAGCACGAUUCGAGGAUUGCUGCCACGCUUUUACAGACGUCGCCUUGAGCCCCUUUUUGAGGAGGAGACGGAGAGCGACGAAGAGAAGACGCAGCAGGACAGCGAUGACGUCAAAAAGGGGGAAGCAACGACCAAUGGCCACUACCUAGAGGAUUCGGCUGGAAGUUCAAGCGACAGCGAGGCGGCGCCACCAGUCCCGCCACCAGCUCCUCGGCCAGUGGUGCCGGAUCGGGAGGAGGAUCCGUCGGCGGAGGACCUGCAGGAGGAGGACGAUCCGGAUGUGGCGGUGACGGAGGACCAGGAGGAUACACACUCCAGCGUGGAGCGGCUGCAUCCGAAUCUGGCCACGAGUGCGAUGGGGCCGCGUCCCUUACUCACCACCCGCCUCCUGCCCACCACGGCCAUCGAUCCUCAGCCGCCGGCGCCGGUAAUGGUGGCCUCAUCCUGCGAGUAUCUGCUCGAUCAGCGCCCCUCGAGCGGAUCAGGACGCGAAUUCGCCGCCGGGAGCAGCAGCUCCACGACGACGCCAUCCUCUCGGCCGACGCCUCCUUCUCCGGCGAAGCCAGCAGUGAUACUGAUGCCGAUGCCGACCGAGAUGAUGAUGACGACGAUGACGACGACGACGCCGAAUCGAGCUCCCUCAUCGAUUACUACAAUAACCAGCAGCGCGAGCGGCACUACGAACUCCGGCGGCAGAGCCAGCGGCAGGCCUCCGAGAUUUGUGCCGCCGCCUCCGCCUCCACGUCGCUUGCUCCUCACGCAGACCGAUCUAAGCGCUGCCCAGGGCAAAACGGAGCCACCUCAAAGAAAAUCUGGCGCUACUGCUGACAGUGGCUCCUCGGCGGUUGUCGGCGGCGCCGCCAGUGCUUCGGACCCAAUCGCUACCGGGUCAAGGACAACGCCAUCAACGCCGAGUACCAGCAGCUCGGCGGCGGCGGUGGGGGUGGGGGUGUUGCCAAAACGACCGUCGUCAACGAUAAUCGAGACCUGCCUGCUGGGGGCACCCAGGCCCGUCUCAGCCACUUCAUCAGCAACAGUCUCGAGGACGGCAAAGCCGAUCCGCCCGAGUCCCUCCACCACCCACCAGCAGCCAUCGCAGCCGAGGGGGCAGAGCAGCCCAGCUGCAGUGGCUCCACCACCGCCGGCGGCACCGCCACCAGACGCACCCGCUGCCCCAGCGCUCCACGCUGGAUGCGGUCUAAGCCCAAGGCUGGAAAUGCGGCUGGCCCUCAACCACGAUAUCCUCGGGGACGAGGACUUGAUCUGCUACGAGCCUGGUCCCGAUCUAACAACUAUUCUGGGGCACGACCUCUCCACAUUUCAUCGUCUGACGGGUCGCGAUUUAUUGAGUCGUUCAGCCACGAACAGGGUGCAGCCAAAAGAGGCUGUCAUAUCGUACUCUCAACAACGCAACUCAAAGAUGGACACGCCGACGGUGAACCGCCGGCCCCGCCCCCUCUCAGCGGGCGCCUUGAGCGGCACCACCACCAGCACCAACAACAAUCACAGUCGCAGCAGCAGCAGCCACGGCAGCAGUCCGCUCGCCGGUGGUUUAACCCGUGCCGCCGCCGAGCAAGUGGGUCAACUGCAGCACCAGGUGGUGGUGGUGCAGCCAGGUGGUGGAUCUGCUGGUCGAGUCGUCGGCGGGAACGGAAACGCCGGCGACAACAACACCGCCUGCAGCUCCAACAGAGGCGGGAGCAAAUUAGGCGAUCUGGAAAUCUUAGCGAGACGCGAGAAGAUAUACUCCAUGUCUCAAUCGAGGAGUGGCUGUCGAGUCAGGGAGACGACAUCCACAUCCACAAUGUCCACAACGACAACGACGACGACGAGCACGACCACUCUGGUGGCCAUGGCUACGGAGAUGCGUUCGGGGAUGGAUUCGGGGAGACGCGACUCUUCCUGGCCCAAACGAGCAGCUGCAGCAGCCUCUCUGACGAGGACGAGGAGUACUACUUCGAUGGACGGAGCGGGAGCCAUCAGUACCACAACCACAACAACAAUGACUGAGGAGGCAUUCCUCGAGACCGAAGUGGGCAGAUCGAAGCGAUUAAUAAACUUCAUAAAGCGCCGCAACUCUGAGAUAACCGCCAGUAGCACCAGCAGCACUCCCAACUUCUCCGACGGCGCCUUUGGCGAACAGCCCCAUCCGAGCCACAGCCAAAGCAGUCUUCUUCUCCAGAAGCUGUCGCCGGGUCAGACGCAGGCUCAGGAUUCAGUGGAGAUGGCCCAGAUGUCGCCGCGCAAGGAUAACGACAAGCCAUCACUGAACCGACGCCUGUGGAAGCAGAUCACCAAACGCCGACGCACCAACUCCGUGUCCCAAAUAGUCGCAGGCUAGGGAAUCACCACUUUUCGCCUCUGUUACUGUUACUAACUGUGUUCUGUGGGUAGAUUUUAGCUAAGCAUCUCAAGAGCAUCGAUUAGCGAUGAUCAAUGAUCGAUGAUCGAUAACCAUUUGCACGGGACAGCCCGUCGAUAGGCAGUAAUCAACUGUAACCAUAUCACGGUGAUCUUAACGGGCUGUCCCACCGAAAGAACUGGCAAAAUGCAAAACCAAACACUUAGUAGUACGUUAAGUUUUUUGAUACGACUUUGUAGCUAGCGAAUCCCCGGAUCGCAACGAUCUCGGGCAGCUCUAGGCGUCCAAUUGCGUCCAAAAACGAUAAGCGAUAAACGAUAAACGAUAAAACGAUUAAUAUCGAUUCUCCUGCCAGUAGAGCCAAGGAACCGAGUCCCAGCCAAAUAAUAUAUAGACAACGAAUGGCAGUCAGUUGGUAAUACUGGGCACACUCACUCACUCCAAAAUAGGCAAAACAGACAUUUUAGACAUUAAAAACAUAACACAUAACACUUGCAGUCCAGCCAAAUGAAUUAGGAUCUAGAGGAGUUCGUACACUCACUAUUUUUUAGAGAUCAUAAUUAUGUCUUAAAGCUUAGCAGUUUCGGGUUUUUGUUGCGGGAUUGAGACAGUGAAAUUGCCUUACGUAUCCAAUGAACUAUUGUAUGGGUAGCUUAACGUAGUAGUCUUUAUACACAUAACAUUUACAGCCUCAGCAGUUCGUAGUAGUCAGUCGUUAGUUGUCGGUCGUAAUACAAUUUUUAGUACUUAAAUUCCACGUUUUUCUCAACUAUUUACAAACGGUAAUUUUGCAUCAGUUAGAUCUUAUAUAUAUAUAUAAAUAUAUAGGGAAACUUGGUAGUUCAUUUCACAUUGAAAUUGAUAUUGGAAUUGGAAUCGGAAUCGAGGAAUAGCACGAAAAUUGUUGAAAGCUAACAAAUUAUACGAAUUAAUAACAAACGAUCAAGUACAUUUAUUAGCUUUAAUAGAAAAUCUAAUAUAUAUACAUGGAUCUAAAUAGUUCUAGUUAUAGUUAUAUAAUUGACAUAUAUGAAAUACUUUUGAAUAGUGAGUACGCGAUCGAGUUAUUAGGCAUUUAUCACUCGCAUUCACUCAAGGCAUUCAUUGAUCCAGCACCGUUUACACCACGUGAGAUAUUAAGUACUUUACUUUGUAAACUCACACACACACAAUGGAUUUUAUGUAUAUGGCUACAGAGGUAUGCAUUACAUCUACGCCAUGCAUUAAUUUUUUUGGUCGAAAUUUGUAUUUUAUCAGAGUAGUUGGGUGCCGAAAUGAAUUUCUCUUGAAAUUCGAUAAGAAAUUCAAUUAUUUAAAGAACAAAUUCCGAAGACAAGCAUCUACAUAAAAUUAAUAUACAAUAAAUCAAAAUCGAAUGCA